AUGGCGGUGGUUGUGCAAGCCGAAACGAUGGGUGAUCUUGACAUCCCCACCAUUCCAGAAUCUCCAUCUUGCAUCGUACUUCCGACGGCAGCUAGGAACUACGAGCUUAAGACUAUACACUUUAACAUGAUGCCUUCUUUUCAUGGAGUUACUGAGGAGCACUUGAGGUUGAAGAUCUUCCCUUACACUAUGAAGGACAAAGCAAGAACAUGGCUUAAUGGUUUGAGGUCGGGUUCACUGGCAACAUGGACUGAGUGUCCCCAUCAUGCUUUGCCUUUACUAGUGUUGAUGCGUAUUUUCUACAAGGCACUGACAGUUUCUAGCAAAGCUGCAGUUAAUAAUUAUGCAGGGGGAUCGAUUAGGAAUAUGACUCCAACCGAAUGUCAAACUUUAUUUGAGAGACUUGCUAUUGAGACACAACAUUCGGAAGUAAGAGGUAAGCGAGCAGGUGUGUAUGAAAUUUCCAAUUUUGAUUCUUUUGCACCAAAAUCGCAGGUUGAUGCCAUCUCUACCAAGUUGGACAUGCUUCUAGCAAUGAAUGGGCAUACGACUCAAGGAGUGGAUUUCCCAGAGUUUGUGCAAGAGCAAGCAAAUAUGAUGAACUCCUAUAAUCGGAAUCCACGGUUUGAUCCCUACUCUAACUCCUAUAAUCCAGGUUUUCGGGCACAUCCAAACUUUUCUUGGAAGAAUACCCAAAACCAAGCCAAUCCACCUACCACCACAUUGGAGGACAUGGUGCGGCAGUUGACAAUUAACCAUCAGAAAUUGGAGGCACAAGUGGGUCAAAUCGCUGAAGCAUUGAGUCAAAGGGAGGCUGGAAAGUUUCCAAGCCAAACUGAGAUAAAUCCGAACAAUAGGGAGCAUGCCAUGGCUAUCACACUUUGUGAUGAGCAACAAAGCCAAGUUGCUACAAAGUUGGAAGAGCAGAAAGCUCAAGAACAAGAGCAGCCGUUUCAACAGUCACGUCGUGCAAUCAUGUAUGGGUUGCUUGACCCCGAUAAACCUGCUCCACCUGUGAGACCUUAUGUUCCUCCAAUCCCGUUUCCACGGCGUCGUAGGAGAAAUAAAGAAGAAGUAUCAUUGCAAAAGACAACCCCAAAGAUGAACGUGGAACCUUUUGUUGUGCAAGAAAGGAAGAAAGUAGAUGAGAAUAAGGUGGUUCAACUGACUGAAGAGUUUAAUCUAAUGUCUCUCUCUGUCUUCGAGUCUUUGAAUGUAGGAGCGCUCAAAAAGACCUCUGUGGGCAUACAAUUGGCUGAUCGAUCUAUUCGAUAUCCUAAAGGAGUACUAGAAGACGUUUCCGUUGAGGUACAUGGACUGAUUUUUCCAGCUGACUUUCUAGUGCUUGAUAUGCGAGAUUGUCAAGGUCAUGGAGAAGAGUUUCCGCUGAUUUUGGGGCGACCAUUCAUGAAGACUGCAAGGAUGACAAUUGAUGUGUAUGAAGGCACCCUGACAAUGACUAAUAAUGAGGAGACAGUGACCUUCAAGCCCAAGGCAGCACAAGGACAUCCAACUGAGGUUGAGUCUAUGAAUCGACCUAGAGUCAUGCCAUACGAGAGAGGUAAGCAUACUCCCGCCAUUGAGUCAUUUCCUUUAUCCACUAACAAGUUGUUCCCCUCAAUUGUGAAAGUACCCCAAGAUAAAAUUCUCCAACAAGCGGUUUUUGGAAAAAGGGAAAAAGGAUAUUCAGAUCCUUUUGAGGAAUCGACUGCUCUUACAAUUCUGAGUAACAAAAGGCAUACUUUGGAUGUUGAACUUGAAAGAAUCUAG